AUUUACUCAUUCACCAGGGACCUUAUCGUUGUUGCGUGUAAUAUGGCCGACUCGUCGUCCGCGUCGGUAGCCUGCCCCAAAUGCGGCAGCGCCAUCACGCCCAACGACAAAGUGUGCAUCUACUGCGGCACGAAGUCGGUGUCGCCGACGCGCCUCGGUCGGCGCCGUCGGUCGCCGUCGCCGCACCGGCGUCCGUGCCUGCGCCGCCAGCCUCGGCGCCAAGCCGCCGCCCGGUUGUGCCCACGACGCGCCGCGUCUCAUCGAACGACAACAUGCGCGACUCAAUGGACCGCCUCACCGACGACAUUGCCGAUCUCCAGAAGCUCUGGGUGCCCGAUGACUUCUCGGACGACUGCAUGGACUGCGGCAAGCGCUUUGGCUUUCCCCAGCCGCGCCGCCACCACUGCCGCGUGUGCGGCAAGCUCUUUUGCCGCGAGUGCGUCAUGAACAAGAUGUGCGUCCCGCCGUCGUUUGGCUACGGCGACAAGCCCCAGCGCUGCUGCAAGAGCUGCACGAUCUCGCUCCAGAUGAAGGCCAUCAAGCAGCCCGCCGACGUCUUCAACCAGCGCCAGCAAAUGACGGCCGCGCGCGGUAUGGCCGUGAUCGCGGCGCCGGCCUCGGCCUCGUCGUCCGACUCGGCGGCGCCGACGCUCGCAGCCAACGUGCCCAAGCCGACGCCCAACAUGCGGACGCUCGCCAACACGGUCAUCGCGACGAGCCGCAUCAAGUCGGGCUCGGACACGAACAGCGUCAACCUCAACGAUUUCGCGACCAAGAACCCGACGCAAGUCGCGCGCGCCGAGCAAAGGAGUGCCAGAUCUGUUUCCGGCAGUUUGCGAUUGGCCGCCGCGCGUACCACUGCCAGCGCUGCACGCGCUCGGUGUGCAACGGCUGCUCGCAAGGCCAGAAGCCAAUCCCGGAGCUCGGCUUUGCGGCGCCCGUCAAGCACUGCAACAACUGCAUGUCCAAGCCGCCGGCCUUUGCGUCCAUGGAAGUCGAGGGCUGCACCGAACCGCUUCCAGGCUUCGAGUUCCUCUCCAAGCUCGACAUCAAGAUUGGCGUCGCGGACGCCGGUGGCGAGACCGAGACGUACAACGUCGACGCGUUCUUCGAGCCCAACGCCGCGCACGUCAAGGCGCUUGGCGAGACGCUCCGCGCGUCCGACAUUGAAGCCGCGAAGGAGUACAACCUCACGCGCAAGCGCAGCAUGGCCGACUUUGAGUGGCUCGCGAAUGCCCUCGGCGAGAAGAUCACGGCCAAGGCGCUCCCGGCCUUUCCCGAGAAGCGCGUCGCGCGCUCGGCCAAGAAAGCCCAGUCGCUCCAGGUCUUCCUCUCGGGCUGUCUCGUGCACCCGCUGUACCGCGACUGCGAUGCGCUCAAGGCCUUCUUUGGCUUGACGAACGACCAGUUCCGCGCGUUCAAGAACGCCGGCGCCAACACGGAGCUGCGUGUGGCGAAGGAGUACAGCGACGUGGUCGUCUGGCUCCAGCUCAAGAUGGAGCAAGAGCAGAUGGAGAACAAGCUCGCGACGCUCUUGAAGCGCAAGAAGGACAACGAAGAUCGUGUCUCGAAGCAGGCCGCGCGCAAGCGCGCCCACGACGCCCGCGCGGUCUCGCAGCUCACGCGCCGCGAGCUCAUCAACAAGCGCCACGAAGCGCUCGUUGCCCGCAAGGCGACCCAGGAGGCCCGCAUGGCUCGCGAGAAGGAGCGCCUCGAGAUCCAGCAAGCGUCCGUGCACAUUGUGUACGACGACACCAAGGCCGACGAGGCCGAGCGGGCGCUCGAAGAGGACGUGCGCCAGAAGGAAAAGGUCGAGUUCCUCAAGUCCAAGGACGCGUUCCAGAACGACACGACCGAGUGGAACAAGGACAUGGCGCAGUGGUCGCGCCAGCGCGCCGACUGGUCGGACCACCACAACCCGCCCGUCUCCAAGAUGAUUGCGAACGAGUGGAUCGUCAAGGCCUUUGGCAUCUCGUUCCAGUUCCAGCAGCUCGGCUUGGACGCGGCGAUCCCGAAGGAGCUCACGGCGCUCCACGUCAAGGUGCAGCAGCUCCAGGACGCCGAGCCCUCGACGCUCGAAGCCGAAGGUGUCGCGCUCGACGACGAGUGGAGCGAGCUCAGCAAGGAGCGCGACCACUGGGCGCAAGACCGCACCAACAUGAAGCGCGAAGACGACAUGUGCCGCGACGAGGACGUGCGCUACAAGCUCGAACACGAGCACGUGCUCAUGUACCGUGAGUGCCGCCAAGACAAGAUGUCGCGCAUCGAACGCGACCUCGAGGCGCUCGACAUGGAGAUCAAGUCGCGCAACAAGGCGUACUCGCAGCGCAAGCUUCGCCACGAAGCCCUCGACAAGGAGUAUGAGCUCGAGUGGAAGAAGGCGCAGGAUGCGCGCAUGGAGUACACGUCCUUGCGCAUGGCGCAGCACGGCGACCGCAUCACGCGCGCCAAGAAGCGCUGCGAGACGCUCGCGGAGCAGCUCGCGCGCCAGCAAAAGUCGCAGCGCCUGCUCAUGUUCAAGCGCGCGGCGAUGAACGAGGAGCGCGAUGCGGACACGAGUGUCUUUACCGAGCACAAGGACGGCUGCAAGGCCGCGGUCGAGGCCGCCAAGUCGGCGCUCGCGAUGGCGCCCGAGUACGUCAACCGCCUCAACGGCGACGUCGACAUCAACUCGGAAGAGACGUCGGACAUUGUGGCCUCCAACUACCGCACGCCGAUGGAGGGCGACGACGUCGACGAGCGCGAUCACUUUAUGAACGACGUGCGCGCGCGCCGCGCGCAGUUCCAGGCCGAGCUCGACGCGCAGCAGAGCCACUUGGCGUCCGAGCACGAGGUGUGCCAGUCGCUCCUCGACCGCAUCUCGGGCUUCAUCACGCGCCUCUCGGACGAGACGGUCACCGCGAGCAGCGAAGACGUGCUGAUCGCCGAGUACCAUGCGUUCCUCGAGAACGAGAAGCGCCUCGUCGACGACGAAGAGGCGUGCCGCGAGCAGAAGAAGGCGUACCUCUCGUCGCUUAUGACGGACGCGGGCAACUGGGUCCUCGAUGCGCUCCACGACCACUCGAAGCGCAAGAAGCGCGAGGCUGACCGGCUCGUCAAGCAAGCGGUCCGCGCGUCCGAGCUCCAGCGGCUCGUGCAGCACUUUACGCACCGCGUCAUUGAGCAGGAGGAGCGCAUCAUGCGCCAGAAGCAGCGCAUUCUCCAGGGCGAGCACAAGCUCGAGAUGCUCAAGAGCUCCGACUCGUGGUUCCUCUACGUGACGGUGCACACGCCCGACAUUGGCAAGCACGACGCCAAGUGCCUCGAGACGGCGCGCAAGGAGCGUGAGGAAGACAUGGUCCAGGGCGGGAAGCUCCUCAACGAAGACGAGUCGGACGUCAACUCGGUCACGUCCGAGCUCGAAAAGUCCAAGGCGUGUGCGGACGAGAAGGCGGUCAAGCGCGACGUGUGGGCGUACGUCGAAGACGUCUACAACGUCGAGAAGCCGCAGGAGAAGGACGAGGACAUGAUGAUGACGUCGCAGAUCCGCGGGCUCGUCGCGCAGCUCGGCGAAACCUUUGAGAUGCUCACGAACCGCCUCGCCGAGGAGGACGAGUCGCUCCAGCACGCGUACGCCAACCUGUGCUCGGAGGUCGAGUCGAUCAAGUGCUUUAUGGAGCGCAUCGAGUCGGAAGAGUCGGCGCUCUCGACCGCCGAGAAGGCGUCGCUCCAGAAGGAGAUCCAAGUCCGCAAGGCCGAGUCGGACCUCAUUGAGCAGCGCGCGCGGGCGCUCAACUCGAACUACAAGUCGAUCGCGUCCGAGCACGCGAAGCUGCCGGUGGCCUUUGACGGUGUGCGCAAGACACGAGCUGAGCGCGAAGUGCCGCUCAAGCUCCGCGAGUCGGAGCUCGACGUGAUCCGCCGCCUCGUCAAGACGCGCAACUACUACGACCGCAAGACGUGCGCCGAGUUUGCCAAGAAGUUUGUGCCGGGCAUGGACAUGAAGGAAGUGCGCGACACGCUCGAUUGGCUCCUCGUCGCCGUCGACGGCGACAUCAAGGCCGUCGACCGCUGGAUGGACCUCUCCAAGGGCGAGCGCAAGGAGAUGUCGCUCAUCGCGACCAAGGCGAGCGAGAUCGACUGGAGCGCCGACAUGCUCACGAAGAUUCCCGCCUUCAUUGACGUCGACCAGAUGAUCAAGGAGAAGGGCGCGCAAGCCGUCCACGCCAAGGAGCAGUGGGUCGUCGACCUCAUCAACGUCAAGCGCGCGAUCGCGUCCAAGGACAAGGACCUGUGCUUUGUCAUUGACGAGACGCUCUCGGCGGCAAAGAAGGAAGAGGCCAAGGUCGCGAACGUGCUGGACAAGCUCAAGGCGAGCAAGGAAGAGGUCAUCAACACGCUCCGAUUCAUCGACCAGGAGGAAGCCAACGCCGUGCGCAGCGGCAAGCCGCUUGAGGUCGAGACCGUCGCGCCCACCGUGGUGUACCAGUCGAACCGCAAGCCCAUGCAGCGCGUGGCCAAGGCGGCCGUCGCUGCGGUGGCCCUCGCGGCCGUCACUGAAGCCGCUGUCCCCGAAGAGCAGGAGACGGCGGCGGCGACGACGCCGGAAGAGGUGACCCCCGAGGUGCAAGAGACGCCCGUCAAGUCGGACGAAGAAGCUCAAGUCGUCAUGUCGAGCGAAGGCGUGGCGGUUGAGAUGACUAUCUAGAAGGUUGCAAGUACAGUACUGCGUAACUGUCUAUAUAUAAAGUAUAGUGUGUUGAUGACAAUA